AUGAGCAUCGUAUACAAUCCGGUGAGGUUUUGCUAACAGAAUUCUCAUUUUUCGUUCCUUAAGAAAGUACCUCAAGAUAUUCGACUUCACGCUUUGGUCACACCUGGCACUCAUUUUUCCUUUUGUGGAAAGUGUUUUGACAAGUUCCUUAAAAAAUAAAUUUCUCUUAAUUUUUCUAAUUUUCAGGAACUUCUCCUUCUCUCUGUCGGCUUCUGGCGGAGUCGUUCUUAAAGUGGAUUUUAAUAUGGAGACCGAUAAACUCAUUCGAGCGAAGUCUCAAAUUGGCGAGAACUGGACUAGAGAAGUUACUCUGUCAAUGGACUAAACAAAAUUUUUUUUAAAGGUACGAGCGAGAAAUCCAGUAAAAGCAAAUGAAUCGUUCUCUCUGCACAUAAUUGUGAUGGAAAAUUCUUUUUCGGUAUUUUACACAGAGCAAAUUAAAAAAAAAACUUUAUUCAGAUUGAAGUGAACGGACAGCACCUUUUUGACUACAAACAUCAAGUUCCUGCUUCAGAAAUCAAUAUGAUCACUCUGUUCAACCACAUGAACAUAGAAAGCUUAUCGGUUGCUCGUAACUGA